AUGUUUCAGUAGUCUACACAGGAGAUUAAAAUUCUAUUACUGAUGAACAUCUUGGUGGAGCCUAUAUUGAUCAAUUACAACCAGAUCUAGUUAUUUCAGAAAAGCGAAUACUCAAUAAAUAUCACACAAGCGAAAGAAUUAGAAAAUUAAAUUUUUAAUGCAUGCCUAAGAAGUGUUGAUAGAGGAGGAAAAGCCUUAACCCUGUAUUCGCAUUAGGAAGAGCCUAAGAAUUAUCUGUUUUUUUAAGAAUCUUAUUGGUAGAGAACCAAGUGA